AUGGCGAGGGUGGAUGAACGGUUGGAUCAAGUGGUCAAUCAGUUGACUGAUCGGAUGGCCGAUUUGAUCAAUCGUAGGAGGCAGGGACCCAAUGACGGGUAUGGUUCUGAUUUUAGUAACCCAUUUGGUGACGGUUCGUCUUCCGAAGACGAACAGGAAAGGCGACCAAGGGGUGAACGUGGAGGAGGUAACAGGCGUUGGGAUUCUGGAAUAAGAGUUGAUAUUCCGGAAUUUGAUGGGUCUAGUUUGAAUCCGGAGGGGUUCAUCGAUUGGUUGGCUACCGUAGAGGAGGUGUUCGAAUACAAGGAGAUGCCUGAAAACAAGCGGGUGGCCUUGAUCGCUACCAGGUUACGUGGUAGGGCCUCUGCGUGGUGGCAACAAUUGAAAUUAACACGGAAUAGACUCGGGAAGACAAGGAUCGUGACGUGGGCCAAGAUGAAAAAGUGCUUGCGGUCCAAUUUUUUGCCUCAUAAUUUUCAAAGGUUGAUGUACCAGCGUCUGCAGAAUUUGAAACAGGGGGCUAAAUCGGUUGAUGAUUAUACCACAGAGUUUUACCAGUUGAUUGCGAGGAAUGAUAUUCAAGAACCGGAGGAGCAACUUGUUUCUCGGUAUAUUGGGGCUUUACGGGUUCAAAUCAUGGAGGCCGUGAAUCUCUUUGAUCCGUUAACCAUUCCUAAGGCACACCAACGGGCGUUGUCCUUUGAGAAGCAAAACCGUCGGGUGGGCGGUUCAUUUACCCCUACUAGGGGAAACGUUGGGUCAGGCAGUGGGACACCACGUGGCGGGCCUAGUCAAGGGAAGCCAGGGGGUAGUAAUACCGGGCCUACUUCUAAGGGGGCUGGUAAAAGGCACUUAUUUGCUGAGUCUGAGGAUGAUCAGUAUGAAGAGUAUGAGAAUAACCCAGUGUACGAUGAAGAAAAUGAAUAUGAAGAGGAGGUUGUGACUGGUGAUGUUGGGGUGAACUUGGUGGUUAGGCGUUCUUGCUAUACACCAAAGGCAGAUGGGGAUGACUGGCUGAAACACAACAUCUUCCACUCAACAUGUACCAUUUUGGGGAAGGUUUGCACGUUUGUCAUUGAUUCGGGGAGUUGUGACAAUCUGAUUUCUGAAGAGGCAGUUCAAAAGUUGGCCUUGAAGACAGAGAGUCACCCGAAACCGUACAAGCUUCAAUGGCUGAAAAAAGGAGGUGAAGUGACGGUAUCUAAAAGGGCACUUGUUUCAAUUUCCAUUGGGUCCACGUACAGGGAUGAUGUCGUGUGUGAUGUGGUCCCUAUGGACGCGUGUCACUUAUUGUUGGGCAGACCUUGGGAGUACGAGCGUAAUAUAGAACAUAACGGGCGGUCCAAUACAUAUAGUUUUCUGUUUGGUGGUGUGAAGAUCACUCUUGCGGUGCCCGAGGAAGUCGAAAUUCCUGAUGCUAGGGCUCCUUUGCUUGAGGAAUUUUCUGAUGUUUUUCCUGUUGAGUUGCCUGAUGGAUUACCACCUUUGCGUGACAUCCAACAUCAUAUUGAUUUGGAGCCUGGGUCACAGUUACCCAACAGACCACAUUACAGGAUGAGCCCUGCUGAGCAUGAGGAGUUGCGAAGACAGGUUGAGGAGUUAAUUUCUAAGGGCCACGUUCGUGAAAGUAUGAGCCCUUGUGCUGUUCCGGCUUUACUGACUCCAAAGAAAGAUGGUACUUGGCUUAUGUGUGUUGACAGUCGAGCAAUCAACAAGAUUACUGUGAGGUACAGGUUUCCUAUUCCUCGACUUGAUGAUUUGCUUGAUCAAAUUAGUUGUGCUAGUAUUUUUACGAAGUUAGAUUUGAAGAGUGGUUAUUACCAGAUUCGUCUUAGACCGGGUGACGAGUGGAAGACUGCCUUCAAGACUCGUGAAGGAUUGUAUGAGUGGUUGGUGAUGCCAUUUGGUUUAUCAAACGCACCUAGUACUUUUAUGCGUGUGAUGAAUCAGUUGCUUAGGCCUUUUAUUGGGAAGUUCGUGGUUGUGUAUUUUGAUGACAUUCUCAUUUAUAGUGCUUCUUUCAGCGACCAUGUUGUGCAUGUGAGGCAGGUUUUGGCCUUACUUCGCAGGGAUCGUUUUUAUGCAGCCACCAAGAAGUGUGUGUUCAUGACCCCUAAAGUGUUAUUCUUGGGGUAUGUUAUUUCUGGUGAUGAGAUACAUGUUGAUGAAUCCAAAGUGGCGGCAAUAUGA